GGAGCAGGAGUGAUAGAGCUCUGGUGGACGAACGCUUUUUCUACCUGUGUAGAGCAGUCCUACAGAAGUGGCUGAAGCUGUGCUAUCUCUUGUUAAAAAAGAAAAACAACAAAAAAACAGUGAUUCACCACUGAAGAGAGCUGGUUAACCAUCAACCAACACACUCCACCUCUCCUCUGGUUAGCUGCAGGAAGAAGAGUGAGCGAGGAGCUGCUGUCAGUCACUGCUCCGCUGUCUGACUCCUGCAGGCUUCCAUCACACCCAACCGGGCCAAGGAGGUGUUCUGCUAGAACUAGGCGGGGUUAGGCCUAAAGAGAAGAAAGAAGGGGGGGCUAUCUGAGGUGUGUGAGAAAAAGGAUAGAGCCAGGAAAGGAGGAGGAGGAGGGGGGGUGAAUUGGUUUCUUGGACAAGUCUUUCGCUGUCAGGUAGAAUUUGUUUGCUCAAACCGCUGGUAGACAUGGACAUGGCAGACUACAGCGAGGCUCUGGACCCGGCCUACACCACGCUGGAGUUCGAGAACAUGCAAGUGCUCCCCUUGGGCACAGACUCCUCACCGGCCGAAAGCGCCAACAUGAACGCCACGGGCCACCUGGCCGCCGGCAGCUUGUGUGCCAUAUGCGGAGACAGGGCGACGGGCAAACACUACGGGGCCUCCAGCUGUGACGGCUGCAAGGGCUUCUUCAGACGCAGCGUCCGCAAAAACCACAUGUACUCGUGCAGGUUCAGUAGACAGUGUAUAGUGGACAAAGACAAGAGGAAUCAAUGCCGAUACUGCAGACUGAAGAAAUGCUUCAGGGCUGGCAUGAAAAAAGAAGCUGUACAGAAUGAAAGAGACAGAAUCAGCACGAGGCGAUCCAGCUAUGAGGACAGCAGUUUACCAUCCAUCAACGCACUGAUCCAAGCAGAUGUUCUGUCCAGACAGAUCACGUCUCCGACCCCGAUACUGAACGGUGACGUGAGGACCAAGAAGAUCGCCACCAUCACAGACGUCUGCGAGUCCAUGAAGCAGCAGCUGCUCGUCCUGGUGGAGUGGGCCAAGUACAUCCCGGCCUUCUGCGACCUGCCCCUGGACGACCAGGUGGCGUUGCUUCGAGCUCACGCAGGAGAGCAUCUCCUGCUCGGUGCUGCAAAGAGGUCGAUGCUCUACAAAGACAUCCUCCUAUUAGGGAACGACCACAUUAUUCCCAGGAACUGUCCGGAGCUGGAGGUUGGGAGAGUGGCUCUGAGGAUCCUGGACGAGCUGGUGCUUCCCUUCCAGGAGCUGCAGAUCGAUGACAAUGAAUACGCCUGCUUGAAGGCCAUAGUUUUCUUUGACCCAGAUGCUAAAGGCCUGAGUGACCCGGGAAAGAUCAAGCGGAUGCGGUAUCAGGUCCAGGUCAGCCUGGAGGACUACAUCAACGACAGGCAGUAUGACUCUCGGGGCCGCUUCGGCGAGCUCCUGCUGCUGCUGCCGACGCUGCAGAGCAUCACCUGGCAAAUGAUCGAGCAGAUCCAGUUCGUCAAACUCUUCGGCAUGGCUAAGAUUGACAACCUGCUGCAGGAAAUGCUCCUAGGAGGUUCUGCUAACGAAGCUCCACAUGCGCCUCACUCUCUACAUCCUCAUCUGGUUCAAGAGCACCUCAGCAGUAACGUCAUAGUGGCCAGCAGCAUGCCAACACCCAUCCACAACGGUCAAAUCUCCACUCCUGAAACCCCGAUCCCGUCUCCACCCACUGCCUCCGGCUCGGAGCACUAUAAACUGGCUCAGGGGGUCAUAGCCACUGUGCCCAAGCAGCCGACCUCCAUCCCUCAACCGACCAUCACAAAGCAGGAGGCCAUUUAACAAACAUGGGAGCUCAUUUUUAGGUGUUAUACCGCGGCCUUUUCAUGAAAGUAGCAAACAUACAAACUAUAAUUACAAGUUACCACACUUAUAGCCUUUCAGGGAUGUAUUUGUACAUAAUAUGUAGGUAAAGUUGAGCUUAAAAGCUCAAGGAAAUCCAGAUAAACUAGCAGCAUUUCAACUUUCCUGGCAUUUCUGCUGUUCAGUGAGACCUGAAACGUUCUCAGUGCUCAUUAUGUUGUGACAUGGUGAAAAAUAUAGAUGAUGUGAGUUUUAUGUGAAUGUUACAACAAGCCUUACUUUGUCACACAUUAAGUGUAGCUAUUUUUUUAUGUUCAAUAGGGGAAAAAAAGUUUGAGAGAAAGGCUGGAAUGGUUUCAGCUUUUUCUUUCUCUUUUAAGUAUUUUAACGGAUCCUCUCUGUGUCUGUGGUUUGUUGUAUGCACUGUUAAAGACAGGAGAAAUUCAGAGAAUCACUGUAAAAACGUACACUGAAAUAACCCAAAGUAUGUGCCACUUUUUAAAAGUCACAGGAAGGUGUUUUCCUCACGUGUUGUGAUGGUUCAGAAAAACUACAUUUAUUGUAUUUUUUUCUUUUGUUUAGUAUUUUUCUCAGUUAAACUCAAGAAAUAAAUUGUGCGUUGUGACCUAUACUGCCUUACACAAUAAGGAAAUGUUGUGCCUUACAAUGUGAAAUUCCUUAAUAAAUCUUGCAUCUAUUUUUA